CCUGGUCUUGGUCCUGGUCUUGGUCCUGGUCCUGGUCUUCCACAGUCCUGUUAACGCUCAGAAGCAGCAGCCGAACGGUUUCUCUCUGGUCCAGUCGUCCUGUGGAACUUCAGCUGAUUCAGAUUCAUUUCAAUCAUUUCUCCACAAACAACGACCAGGACGUUAAUUCACGUUCUCCUGAAUACAUGAUUAAUUAAUUAUUAAAUGAACACAUGGAACUACGAGGUUUGUUUCUGUCACUGAAUUCAUCAGAAACAAAUGAAGAUUCAGUCUGAACUGAAACAUUAAUCAGUCAAACAAAAAAUAAAUAAAUCAUCAAUAGUCCAUAAUAAAUAAAAUAUAAAAUAACUAAAUAAAUACCUAACUCUCACUGAUCAGUCUGAUAUUAUUAUUAUUGUUAUUAUUAUGGUCAGCUGUGAUCAUCAUCAGCUGACCAGGUAUUGAUUAGCGCAGUGUGACGUCAUAGUCUCGUCACGUGACUCCUGAAGCUGAAUAAGAGGAUUAAUGUGUUUCCUCCUUCAGCGGCUGUUUGUGUCACAGAAGAAGAAGAAGAAGAAGAAGAAGAAGGAGGAGGAGGAGGAGGACUGGUUGAUUGACGUGUUAAUUGACUGAUUGAUGGAGGUGAGGGCGUGGGUCGCGGUGCUGCUGCUGAUCAGUUUUAUUUCUCUGGAGAUCAUGGAGUGUAGUUUACCUGAUCUCCCUCCUCCUCCUCCUCCUCCUCCUCCGGAGGCCGGGCUGCAGCAGGAGGCGUCGCUGCAGUCGCCUCUGGAGGAGAACGUCGCAGCUCGACUUCCUGGACUCUGUCGGCGGCUGAAGAGACGCAGGGUCACCGUCCUGGUAACCAUGGCUACCAGAACGAGUCCCUUCAGCCUGCACAGUGAACGUGUCUUUAACUGCAUCUCCUCUUCCAGUGUAACCUGGAGAAGUUCUGCUGGGGUCGGAGUCGGGGGCGGGGCCAUCGGAGUCAGGGGCGUGGCCAGCAGAGUCUAUCCGGUCAGGUGUGUCGCUGUCCACGCGGCUCCAGGUGUUCACAUUUUUUCGUCCACAGCCUCUGAACCAGGGGCUGAUUCCCACAACCAUUAAUUUUUAACAUGACACACAUGACAAUAACAAAGCUCUGACAUAAGUAUCAGUGUCUCUGUAACAGAUUAACUAAAUAUGAUCUAUUAUCCAUAUUAUCCAUGUUAACGUUCACUGGACCUGAACAUCAUUCCAUGUAUAAACUGUUUAUUCUUCCGUCUCUAGUUCUUGUUCAUUUAUUGAUAUUAUUUAGCCCAAUAAUAUAAGUGUCUAGGUCAUUUUUUGACUCGCUGUUACAAUAUCAAAUAAAAUACUUGCUGGCGCUUGUUGAAAAAAAAGUGUUUUAUCUUGUUUUCC